AUGGGCAAUGACCAGUCUCGGUCAUCAGGUGGGGCAGGAGAUAAGGACGUUGAAGAAAGACCACCGAAUUAUUACGAGUUACUUCAGGUAGAUGAGGAAGCUACCGCUGAAGAAAUCAAGCGAUCAUACAGGAAACUCGCUCUCAUUAAUCAUCCGGAUAAGAACCCUGACAGGAUAGAAGAAGCUACUAAGCUAUUUGCUGAUCUUCAACAGGCUUACGAGAUACUUAGUGACCCAAAUGAAAGAGCAUUCUACGAUAAUCAUAGAAAUGCACCUGUAGCAGCAACAGAUGAUGAUAUUUUUGAUCAUGUCAGAACAGGUGAUAAGGCUACCAACGAUCCUAAAUCUAAACUAAAUAAAAGAAGACAUGGCGAUCCUGGAGUUCGAUUAGAGCAAUUAAUGAGAUUCUUUGAUCCUAAAUUAGCUAGAAAAAUGGACGACACGAAUGAAGGCUUCUAUUCAGUGUAUCGUACAUUAUUCGCACUGUUAGCAUCGGAUGAGACCCUUCACACGCCAGAAGAUUCUCCUCCACUUUCUUAUCCAUCUUUUGGAGACUCGUCCACAUCUUAUGCACCUCCUCAAGGAUUCACUAGAGCUCAGAAAGGCUCUCAAAUAUGGGUCAGAGACUUCUAUGCUGUGUGGACUGAAUUCGUCACGGAAAAGAAAUUCGAAUGGGUGGCCAAAUGGGAUAUUGAGAGAGCUGAAAGUAGAGAUAUAAGAAGAUUGAUGGAAAAGGAAAAUAAAAAAGUAAGGGAUGAUUAUAGAAAGGAAUAUAAUGAUACUGUCAGGCAAUUGGUCUCCUUCAUUCAACAUCGUGAUCCUCGGUAUAAAGCUCAUCAAGCCAAACUAACUGCACAGCGGGCUGUGGCAAAGACGUCCAAGGCCAAUUCCGGCACCUCGACUCCUACUAAUAUCGGAUCAGGGGUGGACUCUGAGGCUGCAAAGAAACGACACGAGGAAAGAAUGCGGUCAGCAGCAGAAUACGAAGAGCAAUCAUGGCAAAAGCUUGAUGGCAACCGUUCAGAUGAUGAGGAAGAGGACGAUGAUGAAAAUACGGAAGACCAACAGACCGGUGAUGGAACGGGUGUAAGAUUGGAUGAUGGGAAGGGAGGCGAAUUCUUCGAAUGUGUAGCUUGUUCCAAAACGUUCGCAAGUGAAGCUUCUUGGGGAAAUCACGAAAGAAGCAAAAAGCAUAAACAGUCUGUAUGGAGGUUGAAGAAAGAAAUGAUGGCUGAAGCGAAAGAAAGAGGAGAAUCAUUAGAUGAGUCGGAAGAAGAAGAAGGAGACGAAGAAGAAGACGACGAUAAUGAGGAUUUGGAAGAAGUGGGAGGAGAUGAGCUGUCAGAAAGAAACGAUUACUCCGCUGAAGAUACGAAUACGAAGGAUGAGGAAAUUGACACGUUGGAGGAAGCAUUAGUGGAUUUAGCACUGAAGGAAAGUGAAGAUAUCGAAUAUCCAACCAAAAAGUCCAAGAAGAAAGCUAAAAAGGCUAAAGGAAUACCAACACCUCAACACCUUCUUGUUCCUGAACCUGAAUCCAAUUCUGUAGCGAUUGACUCUGGCACUACAACGCCUGUCAAUGGUGAUGCCCUUGAAAGUGACAAGGAGAGUAGCGAAAGGCCAUCAGAGAUAUCCAAAAAAGAUAAGAGAAGAGCUAAAGAAGCACGUAAGAAAGCUGAAGAAGAAGCACGUAAAACUGCAAUGAAAGAAUCUAGAAAAGCAGCUAAGAAAGGAAAACCUGUAUCACAGGAAUCUGCACCCAUGCAUGACACUUCUGCUCAACAAGAAGAGAGAUUGCAAAAGGGACGUGGUGGAGAAUUAUCGCAAAAAGGAAAAGCAAAAGAUGAUGGAUUCGUGAUGCCUAAAUCUAAAGGUAAAUCAGCAAAGGGGAAAGAAAAGGUGGAAAACAUUGACGAGUUCAGUGAAGAGAAAGUGGAUAAAGUUGUCGAAGGGAUCAAGGAGAAAAGGGAAAAAAUGUUGGAAAAAUGGGGUGAUCAUUGGAAAGACUUAAACGGAAAACUCGAAGGAAUACUGGAUCCUUCUUCGGCGCCUGAUGGAGUUGCGAUCUUAUGUCUAGGCAUAGGGAAACCUUUCACCGAUAGAACUGCUCAAAUCCAAUUAUCUUUAAUCUUGGAGCUUGCGGCUUCGCUAAAAUGCGAUCCCAUCAAUAUUGAAGCUUUUGACCCAGUAACGGAUGAAGGAGACCGGAAAGUCCUGUCAGCUUUUGGAAUCAGCCAACUGGAAGAGAAUGCAAUGGGUAAACACGAAUUAUCACCUACAAAAGCAUAUCUGCUGUACCUCCCCCACGCCCCAAAACAACUCUACGAAUCUCUUUUACAGACCAACUUCUCCCCUGCCCUUGCUUGUAAACCGGGUCGUGUACUGCUAGGCAAUGAUCUCGCUGAAUACAUUCCUGGAUUUGUGCGAAGUACCGAGGAGAAGGAAGAUGCAGGAGAUGGAGAAGAACAAGUGGAAGGCGAAUUUGUGAAGGCCAAGAAAAAGAGACGUGGACGGGGAGGGGGUGGUGAAAGGGAGACCAAAGAUGGGGUAUUACCCAGAUUGGUACCGCAUAUGUCUAUCAUACCGUUCAACGCUGCAUUACCAGAAACGAAUCUACCUGGGUUCGCAAGAGCUUUCUUAUCACUUGCCUUCCAGUGGAUUGAGGGAGAUGUAUCAGAUAAAGUUGAUUGGGAGAAAAAACUUCCUGAGAUUGAUUGGGAAGGCGGAGAGGUGAUAAGGUAG